CGGCGUCUGGGCGUCCUCGGGCAGAAUGCGGGGUUGGGUGGCCGUGGGAAUGGCACGCGCGUCCCGCGAGCUCCGGCAGCUCCUCCUGGGAAAAAUAGCAAUUUAGAGGAGCUGGAGGGAAACCCUCGGAGCUCGCUGCCCUUGGAUCUUUAGGGCUGUCUUCACACGAUCUGCUGGAAAUGCUUGUUCUGGAUUGGCACAACUCCUAGAGCCACAUCUGUCAGCACAUAAAAUGCUGAUAUACAUACACAGAGACACAAAAUUAGCUUUAACCGAGAUAUUGGUGUUAACUUAACCGAUCCUAUGUUCAGAGGUAUAUACAGGGGUACCCAAAAACAUAAAGAUGAUUUCUUGGAUGUAAUAGACAGAGCAAUCAAAACUGGGGUUCAAAAGCUCAUCAUCACAGGUGGAAGUUUGCAAGAUAGUAAAGGCGCCUCGCAGCUGGCCCAAACCAAUGAAAUGUUUUACAGUACUGUUGGCUGCCAUCCCACGCGCUGCGGAGAAUUUGAUCAGGGCAAUCCUGACCGGUACUUAGAGGAGUUGCAAGAUUUAGCUGAGAAGAACAAAGGGAAAGUUGUCGCAGUUGGGGAGUGUGGCUUGGACUUUGACAGAUUAGAAUUCUGCCCCAAAGACACCCAACUCAAGUAUUUUGAAAAACAGUUUGAUCUAGCUGAGCAAACCAAAUUGCCAAUGUUUUUGCACUGUAGGAAUUCGCACCCAGAAUUCAUAGAUAUUAUGAGACGAAAUAGAGAGAGGUGUAUGGGAGGAGUGGUUCACUCUUUUGAUGGCACCAAAGAAGAAGCAGCAGCUCUAAUAGAUCUUGAUCUUUAUAUAGGGAUUAAUGGUUGUUCUCUGAAAACUGAAGCCAACCUAGACACGGUGAAGUCAAUUCCCAGUGAAAGGUUAAUGAUAGAGACAGAUGCUCCCUGGUGUGGAGUGAAAAACACUCACGCGGGCUCAAAAUUUGUAAAAACCACAUUUCCAACCAAAAAGAAAUGGGAAGUAGGACACUGCCUAAAGGAGAGAAAUGAACUUUGCCAUAUAAUCCAGAUACUGGAAAUACUAGCAGCAGUUCGUGAAGAGGAGCCAUUAGAACUGGCCAAUAUUAUGUAUAACAACACUAUUAAAACUUUCUUUCCAGAUAUGUAAAUCCAGUUAAUUCUGUUCAUAAAAUAAAGUAAUCUAAAUAAUCUAA